UGUUUGCCAAAGGCUUUAUUUAUAUUUAUUCAAGUUAGUAAUUUCAUUAUAAUACAACCAAAUAGCAAUCCAAUAUCGACAAAAAUUAUGGCGACAGCUGCAUCGGGCGGGAAUGAUGACUCGAAAAUGAUCGCAGAGUUGAGAGAGAAGUUUAACAAGAAAUUUGUUGAUCCUCCUUCUGCCCGACUCGCCAAAUUUGACGAACACGAUGUGAUGCGGAUUCAUAACGAUGACUUGUUUGCACUCUCGUUCCUUCAUUGGAAAAAAGAGGUUAUUGAUGACGCAGUUGAAUUAGCAGCAUCAUGCCUCGAGUGGCGAAAAGAAAAUGGAAUGAGAGAUAUCUCCGUUGAAAGUAUCGGACAGAAAUACAUGGAAAAGGGAGUAAUUUACAUUUAUGGAAGAGACCUGGAAGGACAUAGAGUCAUGUGCUUGAUCGGAAGAAUGCAAAAUAAGGAUGAAAAGGAUCAAAUUCGGCAGUUGUUAAUGUUCUGGCUGGAAAGAUUGCAGAGGUACGAACCUGGCCAGCAUGUUACCUUCAUUCUCGACACGAACAAAACUGCGAUGGGUAACGUUGACCUUGGAUUAAUUCGAUUCAUUAUCGACUCGUUUACGUCAUAUUUUCCUGAUUUAUUAGAAAAAAUCAUCAUUCUUGAUAUGCCUUGGAUUAUGAAUGCAAUCUGGAACAUAGUGAAGCAGUGGAUGAGCGAAGAACAACGUAGCAAAACUGUUUUCUGCAGUCGAAAAGAUUUGAAAAAAUAUAUUUCACCCGAUCAACUUCCGAAGUCAAUGGCUGGCACGGUCGACUGGACCUAUUCCUUCCCACCGUUCCCAGACGAUUUAGGCCAAGAUCAUGACUUUAAAAAUGAUCCAAAUAACUUCAAGAAGAAAGAAGAAAAAGCUGAAGAAAAACCUGGUCCGUCAACAACUACUGAUGCUGUUCCUCUUGUAAACGGGGAGGUUACGCAAGAGCGAUCACCAGACAAUGGAGAUUUCAAUAACAACAACCAUAACACUGAUGAAUCUUCAUCCACCACAAAUGUUAGGAAAAUUAUGCCGGUUAAGAAGCUAGCCAAAAACCCACCUGUAGAGAAGAAAGUGGCGUAUGCUGAAAAUGGGGAAUCACAACUUCCUGUAACUAAGAGCUCCACCGAUAUGGACAUGAGAACAUCAACUCCGAUCAAGCAAGAUCCCUCUCUGAAGAAAUCUUCAGGCCAAGAACAGCAAUCAAAUGGACAAAUAACAGGAUCAGAAAAAGUUAAGCCCCAACGACCCAAUACAACAGACGGAAAACUAGAGAAGCAUGCGUCCAAUGUAUCAUUCCAGAGUGUUAAAGGAAUGGAUGAAUCAAGAAACGAUGCUAUGCCUCGAAUUGACAGCAGAAUUAAAGUGGAAACCGAUGAAAUAUUACUUGGUAACCAACUGGUUAUGAGCCCUGUAUCUGAGCUGACUUUUAAGCUUGAAGGAGAGCGCUUAGAAGGCUACAUGAGAAUUCGAAAUCCUAAUCCAGUCACUGAUUUUGAAGAUCGAGUGUACGUCGCCUACAAAGUCAAAACUACGUCACCAGAGAGGUACCAUGUCAAGCCGAGUGUUGGAGUGGUCUCGCCAGGUGAAUCGAUCCAGAUUCGAAUUUAUUUGGAAACCGGUCAUGAAUCCGCAAUGCCGAAGGAUAGAUUUCUUCUACUGUACAAGCAGAUACCAGUCAAGGAUGGAAAGUCGCUCACUCACGGUGAAAUUGUUAAGUUUUGGAAACAGAACAGUGACAAGUCAUCACACUUUGAACACAGGCUCAGAGUCAAAGUUGACGACCCCAAAGUUCUAACCAGACAACAAAGCAAGGAUUCUGCCCAGGCCUCGGUGAUUCUCGAAGACUCCGGAAGUCAGUUCCAUUCAUUGGGUGAGAAAACACCAUCUAGUGGUACAGAAAUAUCACAGCUUCAGCAACAAAUUGGUUUGCUCACUAACAAGAUAUCGAGGCUUGAAAACGAUUCUCGCUGGAUGCGGAGAAGAAUGCGCCACAUGAUGGGGCUGUUGUUCAUCGUCAUUAUAUUAUUGUUUUUUCUGCUUUAUGAAAUCACAAUGGUGUCAUAUAGUCUGUCAUCUGCAAAUCAGUCAUGCUCGAGCGCUUCUUAAUGACGCAAUCAUUUGAGGGAUUAUAAAUUAAUUAUGAUACUGACUUAUAUGGAGAGACCGAAUCAAAUUUAAGGUGCUCCCGAAGUAUAUUUACCAAGAUGGCGCACAACCUCAACAUAGUAUGUGUACCAGGUUAGGAUUCAGAUUGUGCGUCAUUUUGGUACACAUACUUCCGGAGCACCAAAUUUAAUAACUAUGCAUUUUUCCAGUAAUUCCAGUUUUUUGUCUAUUUAAUAUUCAAUAUCGGGAUAGUGGAGUCGAUGAAAUAUUCAAUACAGUGGCGAUCUCAGGGUAUUCAUUUACGACCCACGUAACGAUCAAAUAUGGCCAGCUGAAUAUAAGUGAAAUAGUUUAACAAAUGUUUUUUUUCUUUUUGCGUACUAGAUACUGCAAUCGUUACAUCAUUAUCUACAGGCGCUCCCUGUCCCGCGAAUAUCCUUCCUUUUCUAAUUUUGGCCCGCUGUCAAUCAACUUUGGGAACUACUGAAAUCCAGAACCUUUUUAUUGGACUUGCGUAAUUUACUUGAGUAUAUCUACGGAACAUAAUGCAUCAAAUUGUGUCACCCUUGGCUAGCUAUCAUCUGGGUAUGCAAAGCCAAACUCUGUUGGUUGU